CACCUUCUUUAAGCAGGCAGUGCAUAAAGGAGAGAAGAGGCGCAUUGAUAACGUUUUAGUUCUGGUAUCCCAAAGGGUACUUUCAUUGUCCACCAUUGGAAACAGCAGGAGGGGGAGCAGGCUUGCUUGCUUGGUAGCAUCAACAUGGCUGGUGGAGGGCUCGCUGUGCAGGGGGAGGUGAAGAACUACAAUGGGAAGGUGACCUUUUUUGUGAUCGUCACCUGCAUGGUCGCCGCCACCGGCGGCCUCAUCUUCGGAUAUGACAUUGGCGUAUCUGGAGGUGUAACUUCCAUGAAUGUUUUCUUAGAGAAGUUCUUCCCUUCGGUGUACGAAGAUCAGAUAAAUGCGGGUCCAUCCAAGAACCAGUGGUGCUCGUUCAACAGCCAGUUGCUAACUGUCUUCACCUCGUCUCUCUACAUCGCGGGGCUCAUCUCCACCUUCUUCGCAUCCACGGUGACAAGAGUCUUGGGACGGAAGGCCUCCAUGCUGUGCGGAGGCGCAGCCUUCCUCAUCGGCUCUGCUCUCAAUGGUGCCGCUGUGAACGUUGUAAUGCUCAUCGUCGGUCGUGUCCUGCUCGGUGUCGGUGUCGGUUUCGCGAACCAGGCCGUCCCCCUCUAUCUCUCCGAGAUCGCCCCGCCGAACCUCCGAGGAGCCCUCAACAUCGGCUUCCAGCUCGCCACCACCAUCGGCAUCCUCAUCGCCAACCUCGUGAACUAUGGAACCAACAAGAUCGAGGGCGGAUACGGGUGGCGCAUCUCCGUCGCGCUCGCCGCGGUUCCGGCCGGCAUCAUGACCGUCGGCGCCCUCUUCCUGCCCGACACCCCCAACUCCCUGAUCGAGCGGGGCAAGCUCGAAACGGCCAGGAGGACUCUCCAGAAGGUGCGGGGGACCGACGACGUCGGCGAGGAGCUGCAGGACAUGGUCGAGGCGAGCGAGUCGGCCAAGCAGGUGCAGCACCCCUGGAAGAACAUCCUGCAGAGGCACUACCGGCCGCAGCUCGUGAUGGCGUUGUCGAUCCCGGCUUUCCAGCAGCUCACCGGCAUCAACAUCAUCAUGUUCUACGCGCCGGUGCUCUUCAAGACGAUCGGCUUCGGGGACAAUGCGUCGCUCAUGUCGGCAGUCAUCACAGGCCUCGUCAACGUCGGGGCCACCUUCGUGUCGAUCGUCACCGUCGACAGGUUCGGCCGGAAGUUCCUCUUCGCCGAGGGCGGCGUGCAGAUGCUGAUCAGCCAGGUAGCGAUCGCGGCGAUCCUCGGCGUAAAGUUCGGCGUGGACGGGACGGGAGUCAUGUCGAAGCCGUACGCCGAUGCGGUUGUCGUGCUCAUCUGCACGUACGUUGCGGCGUUUGCCUGGUCGUGGGGGCCGCUCGGCUGGCUCGUGCCGAGCGAGAUCUUUCCGCUGGAGAUCCGAUCGGCGGGGCAAUCCAUCGUCGUCGGCGUCAACUUCCUCUGGACGUUUAUUGUUGCCCAGUUCUUCCUGGUGGCGCUCUGCCACCUCAAGUUCGGCCUCUUCUUGCUCUUUGCUUUCUUCGUCGCGGUAAUGACGCUCUUCGUCACCCUGUUACUACCGGAGACGAAGAAUGUGCCCAUUGAGGAGAUGAAUCUGGUCUGGAAGAAGCACUGGUAUUGGAAGAAUUACAUUCCUGACGAGCACAGGGUGGUAGCAUGAAGAAGGAGAUGCAUGCAUGGGGCCAUGGGAGAGUUCUCUCUUCUUCCCUCCUCCAAGUCUUGUAAAACAUUUUGCUAUUAGGAAUGGUACUAAAAUCUUGGAGGAGCAGUGUGAGGACAAAUAAGCAAAGGUACAGCUAGGAAGAGUGGAAGAGGAUAUGUAGAUAACUUUCUUUAUACAUCUUCACUUGCAUGUAAUAUUGUCAAAAAUACCUUAUGCAGUUUUUUUUUUUUUUUUUUAGGGAAACCAUAUGCUGUAUUUGAACGCACA